AUGCACUUCAAUUCUCGUCUUCAGUUUUAUUUUGUAACUUAUCUUUUCUUUUUUUUAACAUUAUCUGUUCAUUCAAUAAUAGUUGUUAACUUAUGGAAUGCAUGUCUUGAUGUAUCUGUGGAAAAAAAUGUAUUUCCAAUAUCAUUAAUACAAUCAUCGGACUACUAUCAAUUAUGUCCAUCUCAAGAACAACAUUGGCGUCGAUUUGGUUCAUCAGAAUUUCGUAUGCAUAUCUUACGAACAAGUGAACCAUUAGUUGAUAAACAUAUUUCAUUACAACAUAAUGGUUAUGUUCAUUUUCAUAAUGAAACAAGAACAACAGUUGCAAGAUGGUAUGGAGCAGAUCAUGAAGAACUUUAA